AUGAUCCAUUGGGCCCGAAAGAAGGCAGGCAGGAAUGCAGCCAUUUAUGGUAUCUGCACGGAUAGCUAUGAGUGGGCUUUUGCGCAUAUCGACAACAAGAGUCGAUAUACACGUCGGUUUUUGCACUGGAUGCAUGGCCAGGAGCAAGAGAUCAUCGCCCAAGUGAACAAAAUCGUGGACCAGGCGGCCGUUCUCGCGGCGACUGCAACUAGACGCUCGUCUCAGUCAGGGCGCAGCGUGAGCGAAUUGACUCAUUGCAGAGUCUCCGAUGUAGACGAUGAAAUGGGCGAUUCCGACGAGCCUGACGAUUGA